AUGUCCCACGGGAUCCGGUCCGAUCGAUGCCCCUAUGCGAAGAACCAGAGCAGUGACCACAGGCCCAUGCGCACAUCGAAGUGUGAUGCUGUCGCGAGGUUCACGAUUUUGGCAAGUGAUAAAAGCAGGCAAGUGACAGUAAGGCUAAAGCAUGUAGAUGCCGUAUUCUACAGCGCGUGGGAUUUGCUGAAGGUCUUGACCGAGGACAAUACCCACGAGUCCAUCUCCUUUUCGGACGCGCCCGAGAUUGCCGACAGGCUCAAAUGGAUUUUUGUCGAGGAACCGGCCAUCAUCGACGUGUCGGCAGAGGCCCUCAGGCAGCGGUUCAGGGAGUGGGCGCUUGCCGAGAACCCAGGUGGCAUCCCAAACUUACCGCAGGGUUAUUCGCUGAGCUGGCCGAAGAUGGCGCUUGCAUGUGUCUCCAACCUACCCAUCCCCGAUCGGCCAUAUGCUCAACAUCCAUGGGGCGAGACAUCCCUGAAGACACAACCUGACCGCCAAUUGGUGGCCAGGUCGAGCAUAGCACCAACGGCAUCAAGGGUCUCAGCAACAGCUCCUCCACCCUCCCACGAUUCCGUGCAGGUACUUUUGAUAGUACAGGUGCUUGGCAGCGAGGUCCGCGCUCGUAUGAAACUGGGGCUUAGAGGAGUCAUUGCUAGCCAUUAUGGCCGAAAGCUGGCUGUGAUCAUGUAUGAGGUGGAGCUGCUCACAAAAGGAAGGGGUCGGCAUCGCACCAUUUCGGCGCCCAAGGUAGGCUCAGUUGGUAGAGAUAAUGGAGACAGCCACCGCGGCAGACAAUCCGACGAAACCUGGGCGGGCUCACCUGAGAAUAUCGACGGCCCCGAUCAUGGCAAGCAGAACAGGAUGGCAGGCACUCCUGCAACUACCUUGGCUACUUAA